UAUAUUAAUAUUUUAGUUGAGAUUUUUGAGGUGAAAUACGUCCCAGAAAUGUUCUUGACAGGCUUUGUUAGAUUCACCCAUUUAUUAAUCUAGAUUCCUGUAUUUUGACACGAGAGAUUCUGAAUCCUUUAGGAGAGCGUGAGCAUUGAAUCUGCGCAUGCGCGCUGCUGACUCGCCGUAAUCCUUCCUCGCGCAUCUGCGCGUGCUGGAGAGAAACAGGCUGAAUUAAGAACCGAAUCAAAUAAACAACCGCGGAAGCAUAUACACACGCACAUCAAACCGCGCUUUAGACACACGCAUGUUGUCAUCAUGAUGAGUCCCGCGAGGAGACGCGUGAAAGCCCCGCUGCAGUUCGGCUCCUGGCUGUGUGUGUUUAUGCGGCGCGCGGCAUCAGCAUCAUCAUCAUCAUCCGCUCGAGCCGAAUCAUGAGCGACCGAACGGGCUCACGGAACCGCACACCCGGACGAGCGCAGUUUAGCCGCAGGGAUUUGUCUGCAUCAUCCAUCCGGAUGCUUUCGGUGCUGGACCGGCGUUAAGACCCGCACGUCGGACCGGCGGAACCGGAGCGCUCCUCUCCCGGCCGGGCCCGAGACCACUGCACCUCACCCGAGCCUCUCUCUGCCGUUAAAUAUUCAUAGUCAUGAUCUGAGUGUCAAACUUGAUACUCGGAGUGCCUGAGAGACAGAUGAGAACCUUCACAGCCAACGCUGUCACGUUAGAAACAUCUGCAUGAGCUUUAGAUGAGCCGAGCAGCUGGACCCAGGAGGACAUUCACUGCAGUCUGACCCGCUCAGGGCCUCCGCUGGGCUGGAUGAAAUGUGACGCAUCGUAAUCCCAGUGACAGCUGCGGAAAGAUGAGCCACAGAGAGAGAGAACAUGAUUAGAGGGACUGCGCCGUGACUCAACCAGUCGCAUUGAAAAACAAGACGGGAAGCGGCGCUCCAAUGGAGCCUGGAAACUUUCGAGUUCCUCUUUCAAACCUUUAAGCGGUGUGUUUUUGUCUCUAGUGCUUCAGUAAUGUGUAGUACUGCCAUCCCUGAAGUGUCGUCCUUCCUCUCGGGCGAGGUCACGGCAGGUUAAGCACGUAGAGAGACCGGGCCCGUCGAGCUGAAGGCCUCGCGGACCUUGGAUCGUGUGAACUUCUUUAGCCAGCGGACUCGCAUGCAUGUGUGAGCGCUGCCACUCGCAGGCCCUUCCUGGUGUCGACUAGAGGAGAUGUCAAACUGAGAUCCAGAGCCUUUGACCUUUGUGUGUAUUUAUGUGUAUGAAAGACAAACAGAGGGACGCAGUGUGUGUGUUUAGACGUUGCUCGCUGUCGUGGCAAUGGGGAGUUCUGCGUCGUCUCUGACCACGGACAGAGAGUCAGAUCACGGGUUCGGUACGGCUCCGUUCCCCUCGGCCGCUCCGAUGGGCUGGCUCAGGACCAGCCACAGCAGUCCCGUGUGGGGAACCACUUUCAUCACACGCCAACAGCAGCAACAGCAGCCCGUCCCACACAGAGAACGCAGUAACUCUCAUUCUCCUGGUUCGAUGGCAGCAGUUGUGAGGAAUUCUGAUUGGUCAUGCGGACGCUGCACAUUUCUGAACUCCAGCGGUUCCUUGCGUUGCUCCAUUUGCGAAGCUCCCCGGCAGAAGCCGGAUUUGAACCACAUUCUGCGCCUCAGCAGUGCCGAGGAGCCGCGCUGGUCCUGCCCACGCUGCACCCUGACCAAUCACCAUGGAUUAGGCACAUGUUCUGUGUGCGGAGCCGCUCCAGUUACAGCCAACGGACCCAUUCCACCCAAACAGGCCCCGCCCACUCCCGUAGAACCCGCCUCCAGCCCUGAAGCCAAAGGCCAGGUAGCCAAUGGGGAGUCCCGGUGCGCGGAGUCCAACGGGGAGGUGUCUAUGAGUGGGGUGGUGUCGUUGGAGUGGGCGUGUCCUCGUUGUACUUUAGUGAACACUCCGGUGGCGUUGUCAUGCUCAGCAUGUGGUGGUCCAAGAAAACUCUCCUUACCGAAAAUCCCUCCCGAAGCACUAGUGGUUCCCGAAGUGCUUACACCUGUGGCGGGGUUUCCCACGCAAACGACAGGAGCGUCCGCGCCACUUCUCAUUGAUCUGACCGUAGAUUCUCCACCCCAAGUACCUUCCGAAACCCCGUCUCCACCCCCCAUCCCGUUUCUGCCCCCUUCCCUGUCCUCGCUUCAGAAUAACCCCGUGCCUCGAAGCCGGAGGGAAGUCCCGCCCCCUGGGCGGCCCCCAAACCCCGCCCCCUCACCAACAUCACCCUCGACCUGCCCGCCUAACAAAUCCAAGCCCCUCCCACCAUCAGACAAUUACUCAAACAAGCGCCUAAGUGUGCUGGAGGAGGAGGAGCCUAACAACCCCGCCCCUCCAGUCACGUCUCCGCCCUCUUGGAAGUGCCCCGGAUGCUCCGCCCCAACGGCUCCUCCUUCGUCAUCCGCCGGACGGUGCGACGCAUGUCGAGGGUCGCGGCCGGGUUCGGGUGGUGAUGUCAUCGACGUGUUGGGCGAAUCGGUGCGCUUCACGCCGGCGUCGCCGUCCAGCCCGGACUUCAGCUCUUGGGCGUGUUCCAAAUGUACGUUGCGCAAUCCGACGGGAACGGGCCACUGCACGGCCUGCGGGUCGUCCAAGCUGCACGGUUUCUCCGAGCCGUCCAACUGCUCGUCGUGUUCUCGGAAACAACCGCACUCCCACUCGCGUGCCUUCACUCCCGCCUCGUCGUCCUCGGCCUCGUCCCCAUCGGCGCAGGACAAGAUCGUGUGUCAGUGGACGUGCCCUGCGUGCACACUGCUGAACGAAGGGAGGAUGAAGCACUGCGCCGCGUGUCACACCCCGCAGCAGUACCUGAACCUGCGCAAAACUGGGAAACCGCUCAAACGCAGGGAGAGCAUGCAUGUGGAGGCCCGACGACGCACGGAUGAGGGAGAGGCCAAGGAAUUGUGGGAAAAUAUCGUCAGCUUCUGUAGAGAGAACGCGGUGAACUUCGUGGAUGACAGUUUCCCCCCUGGCCCGCGUUCGGUCGGGUUCCCCGAGAAUGACAGCGUCCAGCAGCGAAUCAAAAAGUGGCUCCGCCCUCAUGAGAUUAACUGCAAUAAUUUUAAGGAUCGUGGUGUGAAAUGGUCCGUGUUCAGGACGCCCCGCCCCUCUGACAUUCUGCAAGGCCUUCUGGGUAAUUGCUGGUUUUUAAGCGCUCUGGCAGUGCUAGCGGAGCGACCCGAGUUGGUGGAACGUGUGAUGAUCACCAGAACCAUGUGCCAUGAGGGAGCGUAUCAGGUCCGGCUCUGUAAAGAUGGAACGUGGACGACGGUUCUGGUGGACGACAUGCUGCCCUGCGACGAAUACGGCUUUCUGCUGUUCUCACAGGCUCAGCGGAGGCAGCUGUGGGUGGCGCUGAUAGAGAAGGCUCUGGCGAAGCUGCACGGCUCAUAUUUUGCGCUGCAGGCCGGCCGUGCCAUCGAGGGUUUGGCGACGCUCACUGGCGCCCCCUGUGAGAGUCUGAUGCUGCAGGUCAGCUCAACCAACCCUCGUGAAGAACCAAUCGACACGGACCUCAUAUGGGCCAAGAUGCUCAGCUCCAAAGAGGCGGGUUUUCUGAUGGGAGCGUCUUGUGGAGGCGGAAACAUGAAGGUUGAUGACGCUGUUUAUGAAUCUCUGGGACUCCGUCCGAGACACGCGUACUCCAUACUGGACGUCAGAGACGUUCAGGGCUACAGACUGCUGCGUUUGAGGAACCCCUGGGGCCGCUUCUCCUGGAACGGAUCCUGGUCGGACGAGUGGGCCGACUGGCCUCAGCAUCUGCGUCACGAGCUCAUGGCUCACGGCAGCAGCGAAGGCGUGUUCUGGAUGGAGUACGGAGACUUCAUUAAGUACUUUGACUCGGUGGAUAUCUGCAAGAUUCAUGCUGAUUGGCAGGAGGUGCGUCUGCAGGGCUGCUUCCCGUGCCGGGCGAGUAAACCGGUGACCGUGACCGCGCUCACAGUCCUGGAGAGAACCGCGCUGGAGUUCGCCCUCUUCCAGGAGGGCAGCAGGCGCUCAGACACGGCUGACAGUCACCUGUUGGAUCUGUGCAUCAUGGUCUUCCGGGCCUCGUUCGGGAACGGGAAUAAGCUGGUGCUGGGCCGUCUGCUAGCACACAGCAAGCGCGCGGUGAAGAAGUUUGUGGGAUGUGACGUGAUGCUGGAGCCGGGAGAGUACGCGGUGGUUUGCUGUGCCUUCAACCACUGGCAGAUGGACCUGACCGGGACGUCAACACCAGUGUCCAGCCCCACUAACGCUCGGAGACCCAGUCAGGAUUACCCAGGGUACAUCUUGGCCAUCUACAGCUCCAGACAGGUGAUGGUGGAGCAGGUGGAGGCCCCGUCCACAACACUCGCUGAUGCCAUCAUCCUGAUGACGGAGAACAAGGGAGAGAGACAUGAGGGUCGUGAAGGGAUGACAUGUUACUACCUGACUCACGGGUGGGCGGGGCUUAUCGUCGUCGUGGAGAACCGUCACCCGAAGUACUACCUCCAUGUGUCAUGUGACUGUACUGACAGCUUCAAUGUGGUGUCGACCCGAGGCAGCCUGAAGACCAUCGACAGCGUGCCGCCCUUGCACAGGCAGGUGCUGGUGGUCCUGUCCCAGCUGGAGGGGAACGCUGGGUUCUCCAUUACACACAGACUGGCCCAUAGGAAAGCAGCGCAGGCGUCUCUGGGCGACUGGACGUCGAGUAAAGCCACACACUCGCCCCAACUUACCCCGGACACUGACGGACUGCACAGACCGCGGCCGCUUUGACACACGCUUAAACACACACACACACACACAUAGACCCGUGCUGAUGAACGCACACGCAGGCACUGAGACGUUCUGGGUGGAACUACUGAGCCAAUCACACGUCUGCUCGCUGAGCCAAGACCCGCCCCCUGCACACACACACACACACACGUGUCAUGAUGAACUGUCAUUCAGAUCCGCUCCUGGAGUCUCGCCUGCGUCUCCUGUCAGCUGACUUCACUUUUUAGUUUCUUUUACGUGCGCUCAGACAGAGAGUGAAUCUCACGAAAAUAUUUCAUGAGGCUCAUUUCACCCAAAACAAAACAAUUCAUCAAAAAGAAAAAUAUGAAAUUAAAAAAAAAAAAGCUAAAUGGAGCCUGUUUCUUGAAUCAUUAUAUAUUAGGAGAAAAAAAACAGCACAUUUUCACAUCUUAAAAUUCACAUUAUUUUAAGACUUCUUAAUUUUUAUUAUUAUUAUUAGUAGUAUCAAUUAUAUUAGAUUAUUUCCAUUGCAAUUAACCACAUUUUCCCACAAAUUCACACUUUUGGAUAAUCGUAUCAUUUUUAUUAUUUCGAAUUAUUUUAACUAGAUUCAGAUUACUUGAAUGCAGUGUUUUUGCUGGAUUGUAAAUCAUAAAGUAUGAUUUUUCUUGCUGGAGGAACAACAUAAAAGUUAAAAAUGAUAAUUUUUAUCAGGGUUUUUUUGCCACAUUUCAGUAAUGAGAAUAUAUUUUUUGCAUAAUUUCAUCUGAAUUUGGGGCAAAAAUAUCUUAACAGCCCAACAUAAAUGUUUAAUUUCCUUAAUUAAUUUAAAUCUUUAUUCUUUCUUCAAUCUUACGGUGAAGUGUGUCAAUCUCAUGACAUGUUUUGUGAGAUUUAGGUUUCUCGCCAUUCUGAUAGCCAAUCAGCAAACUGUUCUGGGGUCACAUGAUCUGCAUACUUGAUUUCAGUGGAAGGCCUCGUGUGCGAGGGGUUUAUGUGGGCGCGUUACGUGCGUAAACCAUCUUUUAAUUUAUGCGUUUUAGUAAAGCGGAAGCACAAGUUGAGCUGCGAGCUGAUCUGUCAUCAGUUUGGUCCCGUGAGCAUGAUGAUGUCACCGCUGGACGACCUGUGCUGGAUGUGAUUGGUCGACUCGAGUCUCUCUGUGCACUGAUGUUCAGUCCAGCGUCUCUGCAUCUUGAGUACCGGUGUGUAUUUCCCCUCUGGAUGUGUGUUGCUCAUUGUCUCCCUCUGUUGGUGGCUCUGGUGUGACGUCACACACAUUCUCUGUCUGUCUUUUGUGACGUCACACUCGUUGUCUGUCUUUCUUUUUGUAAAUUGUACAGCGCUGUUCCCCUCUGCACAAUCCAAUCUGAAGUACUCGCUGUAAUUAUACGGAUCUCUGUCGGGCGGGAGUAUAAUAUGUAGAAUAUUUUAUUGAUUCUUGGACAAAAAAAUGUAUAAAAGUCUAAAAAUCUGUACGGUUCAUUUGCAAUCUCAGGUUCUGUUGGACCAAAUGACAAAUAAAGUUGUUUUUUGUUUCUUUAUUUUUUAAUCAAGAAA